AUGAUAGGGGUGUUCCUACUUUUCACAGAAUUUGAAUUUGCUAAAAGCAUGAUGGAUUUGAACAUGGUAGAUAUUGGGCAUCUAGAAGAUUCCGAUACCCCAACAAUUUACUUGACAAAAACAAGUUCUGUUGAAAAGUUUUAUAAAAAAGGGCUUGAAACAUGCAUAAACGACUUAUUCUUCAUGACUAAAGGGUAUGAAGGGCAUAAUUGCAAGAGACAAGUAACGAAAGCAUCAUCAUCAACUGAUUUUGGUCAUCUCUCUUCACUGCGCCACCAUCACCUGCUCACCGGAAUCCCUCCUCCGACCCCUUCUCCGGCCACCACAUCCGCAGGCACCGGACGCUGA